UUCUUUGCUCUUAUUUGUUAAAGCUUAGAUUCCUCGAAACAGCGAUCUCUUCAUGAUUUAGAAGGGCUCCCUGAGAAAAUGAGCGUCCUCUGCUGGAGGGAAUCGAGAUUUCCUGCCAACGCUGUUUAAUUAGCAAAGAAGACCCAAAAUUUUCAAAUUAGAACGGAUAAAGAUAAAGCUUGAUCUAGUUCAAUUCAUACCUGAACAAGGGUCCCUGACUUUUUGGGAGGUGGUUAUUUCCCACCCCGCUGCACAGCUUUAGACAUCAUGUCCUCAGCAACCCAAUCCUACAAGAUCUAUUUCCUACUUUAGUACCCGGCCCUCUGCACUUGGGAUCCCUCUGAACGGAAGGUGGGGAUGGAGAGCUCCUCCCCAAACUUCCAUAGAGGGUUCCCGAGAUAUCAAAUCAUAAUUUCCAACCCAGCUGCUUUCCUUUGGUCACCUUUCCUUCCACAACUUUAAACCCACCCCUUUUUAAUCUUCAUUUUCCUUUUUUUUGUAUGUUGUUUCUCUCUUCCCCCUUAAAGACUGUAAACUCCUUGAAGGCAAAUCUUUUUUCGUAUCUGUAUCCCCAGCGAUCAGCACAUUACACGGUUAAUAAGUAUCAACUGACUGGCUAUCCAGUCUUUGGCUAAAAACAAUAGUGAAAAGUAACAUCAAUUGCAAGGACAAUCCAUCGUUCGCUUUUAGUUAAAUAUGUGUAAUCAGUUUGUGCAUGCCCUAUGCCACAUACUAGAAACACAUCUAUGAAUGCUUUUUUUACCUAAGGAUCCUCUGAUUGGCUUCUAACGAUCAUAUUCUUCACACUUCUGCCUUUUCUAAGUAGGCCUUCCUGGGAAUAGUUUGGCAUGGCAAAAAAAAAAAAAACUACAAUUCCCAGCACAACGCACGUCGGUGACGCAACGGAGCUCUGUAAAACGGACAAGUCCUAGCGGGCUAGCGGGCUUCCCCCAUUUGACCCAUAAUAGGACUCGUAGGAAGGGAGGAGUCGGAGAAGAAAUUACGAUCACGUAAUUUUCAGAAUUCAAACACUGACGUUCCAAUCAGUUCACACGAGUAGUUUGUCGGUUCUAGUUCUAGGGUUUCAAAAGAAAAAAAAAAAAAAAAAACUUUAAAAAUGCGGGCCUACCUGCAAAUCCCCGGAAACCCGUUGCCAUGGUUCUGGGACGCCUUCCGCCAGCUACGGCUGCCACGUGACCAAAUGGGAAUAUGGCGGCCCCUACGGAUCCCCAGUCCACGAGGUGUCCAGAACGGAUGACAGCGUUAGCUGCUGCUGCCGCCGGCGGGCCUCGGGCCCCGGCAGCCUUGGCCCUGCGGGUGGUGGCCGAGUGCGGCCGCAGCAAGGCGCGGGCGUGCGAGCUGCGCCUGCCGCACGGCACCGUGGCCACGCCGGUAUUCAUGCCCGUGGGGACUCAGGGAACCAUGAAGGGAGUCACGGCCGCGCAGCUGGACGGCCUGGGCUGCCGCAUCUGUCUGGGCAACACCUACCACCUGGGCACGAGGCCGCUCAUACAGAAGGCAGGGGGCUGCAUUGGCUUAUUGAACGUCAAUAGGGAGUAUCAUUCACAGGACAGUGGUGGCUUCCAAAUGGUGUCUCUGCUGGCUCUGUCCGAAGUGACAGAGGAAGGAGUGCGAUUCCAUUCCCCAUAUGAUGGUGCCGAGAUCCUGCUGAGCCCAGAGAAGUCUGUGGAGAUUCAGAAUGCUCUGGGUUCAGACAUCAUGAUGCAGCUGGAUGAUGUGGUCAGCAGUACUCUGACCGGCUCUCGGGUGGAGGAAGCCAUGCACAGGUCCAUCCGCUGGCUAGACCGGUGUAUCUCAGCCAACCGACGGCCUGACCAACAAAACCUAUUUGCCAUCAUUCAGGGUGGGCUGGAUCCUGUUUUACGGAGCAAAUGCCUUGAAGAGAUGACCAAGAGGGACGUUCCAGGCUUUGCCAUCGGGGGAUUGAGUGGGGGCGAGAGUAAGGAGCAGUUCUGGAAGAUGGUGACCCUGAGCACAGACCACCUGCCUCGGGAGAAGCCGCGCUACCUUAUGGGUGUUGGCUACGCUACCGACUUGGUGGUCUGCGUUGCCCUGGGCUGUGACAUGUUUGACUGUGUCUUCCCCACACGCACAGCGCGCUUUGGGUCUGCCCUUGUCCCCACGGGAAACCUCCAGCUGAAGAAAAAGCAAUUUGCAAAGGAUUUCCGACCCAUUGAUGAGGCGUGUAUGUGCCCCACCUGUCAGAGGCACACAAGGGCCUUCCUCCAUGUUUUACUGCAUAGCAACAAUACAGCUGCCUUGCAUCAUGUCACUGUGCACAACAUCGCCUACCAGCUGCGGCUGAUGGAUGCUAUCCGGACCAGCAUUGUGGAACACCGCUUCCCAGACUUUGUUCGGGACUUCAUGAAGACCAUGUAUGGAGAUGUGGGGCGCUGCCCAGGCUGGGCCGUGGAGGCCCUGCAGUCAGUGGGCAUCCCUUUAAGCUGACUUGUCUAUCCCAGUCCCCAAGCAGGGCUGUGCUCCUGAUCUGGGCCUGGGGUUGGGAACCUCUAGGGAUAGGAGCAUUGUCUCCAGCAGUUAAAUGCAUGGAAAGCUUUGUGUGUUGGCCCAGGCCCCAGAGUAAAGAUUGAGUUUUCUUUUUUUAUAACAUGUCUGUGUUUGUGCAUGUUUCUUUGUCUCCCCCUCCUCUCCAAAGGGAAGUAGAUCUAGUUUUAUCCUACCCACCCCCCACCCCCAGUUUGACAUGACUUCACAUGUACAAUAUUGCUUGCCUUUCUAGUGGAUGGGGAAGGGCGGGGAGAGAGAAUUGGAACUCAAAAACUUAACAAAGGGGAACCGGGGAAAUGCUCUAAAUAAAUAAAUGGGGAGGGGAAGAAAAUAGAAGGGAGAGUGGAGGAGUUGAAAUGAAGGGUUGGCUUUGACAAAGUUAAGGCCUUGCGCCCUGAAGGAACAAGCGGAGGCUGGGGCCGACCAGUGCAGGUUGCUGGCAUCCCCUGCCUCCAUUGUUCCAAGAACCUGCUGUUGUGGGGAAUGGGACGGAGUCGAGGAGAGAUGCUCAGGCGGUUUGCAGAGCAGCUUCGGGAGAUUGGACAGUAUGAUCCUCCAACACAAAGCACUUUCAGUGGAGGUGGAUAGAUUGUGGGGGUAACCCAGGCUGUAGUACACACUCCCAGGGUAGGAAUAAUGAUUCGUGACAUUUUCAGGUUUGCAAGCACUUUACAAAAUAACUCAUUUGAUCCUCACGACCACCCUGGCAGCUGGUAGGUGCUAUCAUUCCCAUUUUAAAGUUGAGGAAAUUGGUGGAGUGACUUCCCUGAAGACCCACAGCUAAAAAGGGUAAGAAGCAGGAUUUGAAUGUAGGUCUUCCUGGUUCUAUGUCUAGUGCUCUCUCCACUGUGCUAUGUAGGACAGUGAGGUGAGGGACCCAAAUGUAUUAAAGUAUUUUAUGGCAUAGUGUACAUGUUUAUAGAGGGGCUAAUUUUGCCAUUAGGUCCUGUCCUGGUCACAUUGUGUCUAGAAAUAGACUGCCUUUGUUAGCAGAUGCUACAUUUCAGAAGUCUUAGCAAGCAACAGUUAAGUGCCAGGAAUUGUGCUAAGCACUGGGAUGCAUAGAAAGGCAAAAACACAAUUUCCAGUCUCUGUGCUAGUGGGGAGGUGACGCAGGGUGUUCAUACAACAUGGUGUUUGCAAAUGGGAGGUAAUUUUACAGAGAAGAUACUAGAAGCAAAGAUUUAAGCUGAGUCUUCAGGGAAAUUCAGAGGCAGAGUUGAAUAGGGAGAGGUUUCUAGGCAUGAACUAGUGAACAGGCAUGGUAUUGAGAAGCAUGUAAGGAACAGCAAGAAGACCAGUGUUACUGAAUUGAAAAAUACAUGGAGGGGAGUAAAGAAUACUAGAAAAAAUAGGCAAAUUGAUAAGCUUUCAUUAAGGGCCUAUGUGCUCGGUAAUGUGCUGAGUACUUGGGAUACAAAGAUAAGUUAAAAAAAUAAACCCAAAUAACUCCAUGCUGUAAUGAGGUAGGUAUAAAUAUAUAAAGAUGCAUACAUAAUAAAGGAAAUAGAUAAUCGUAGAGGGAAGGCCUAGCAUUAAUAGGACCUGGGAAAGACCUUAACUUAAAAAGGUCAAGGCCUUCCACUGCAUCCAGGGCCAUCUCCAGUCAUCCUGCUCUAUAGCUUGCCUCUGGACCCGGAUGUGAGACUGGUUGCUUUACAUGACUCUUAUUUAAAUCAAAUUCACUUGCAAGUCAUGGCAUUGCUUUUAUGAUAACAUGGUCCUCUUCAACAAACAAUGAUCAUUAAGGGUGAUUGAUUGGGAAAAGAUUUUUCACAAGUUGAGAUUUUUAGUGGGAACCUAAAAAGCCAGGAGGUGGAAAAAAAAAUACAUAGUUUGGGCAACAACAAAUUUCACAAUUUGGACUGUUUUAA